AAAACGAAACGUCAACAGACAGUUAGGACGUGAGACCAGCCAUAGACUGUGAAACCGGCGGGUUUGUGCUGUUGCUUGUUCGGAGUCGGUUCGGGUGGUUCUGAGAUUCGGGCUCAGCAUGGUGGAAGGUCCGGGCUGCACGCUGAACGGAGAGAAGAUCCGGUCCAAAGUCCGAACCGGUCAGAACGUGAAGGAAGUGAGAACCAAAAACAACACGGAGACAAGCGGCUUCCGCAGUUUUUCCGGAUGUCGGUACACCGGUGUCGCUACUCUGGGGAAGGAGCUCUUCAUGUACUUCGGGCUGAGAGCUUUGAGAAUCCACUUUGGCAUGAACGGAUCGAUGCGCAUAAACGCCGCUCAGAGGAAGGUUGCGGCGGGCUCUGCGGCGGUGCUGGAAAUCCGCCUCGCCGACGACACGGUGGCCUUCUACGACAGCGCGGUGGAAAUAAGGUUGACGGAGGACUGCGAGCAGAAGGUCAGGGCCAUGGAGGGCCUGGACGUGUGCUCCCCUAAGUUCAGCGCGCGACGCUGCGAGGAGGCGGUGAGGAGCCAAGGUGGCAGGAUGCUCUGCGACGUUCUCCUAGACCAAGCCGUCAUGCCGGGAGUCGGCAACAUCAUUAAAAAUGAAGCCCUGUUUGACUCGGGCCUCCACCCAGCCGUGAAGGUUCAACAGUUGACAGACGUGCAGAUCCGCCACUUGGUGAAGAUGACUCGAGACUUUACACUUUUAUUUUACAAGUGUCGCAAAUCUGGCUCUGCUCUCCACAAACAUUACAAAGUCUACAAGCGUCCCCAGUGCGGCCAGUGCUCCCAUGUGGUCACAGUCUGCCGUCUCGGAGACAACGGCAGGAUGACUUACUUCUGUGAGCGCUGUCAGAAAGGAGAUCCCGCCGGGGUGGACGUCAGCAAGCUCCCGGUCAGAAACGGCCUCGUCGGCUGGGCGCAGCAUGGCAGAGCCGGCGAGGACGUGGCCAAGAAGGAGGAAGAGGACUGGGCUUGUCAGCUCUGCACGCUCAUCAACCAGCCAGAAGCUAAAGCCUGCGACGCCUGCCUCACUCCCAAACCUGAGGCUCACAAAGACGACAUUAGCACUGAAGCAUCGCCCUUCACCGCUGAUUUAAUUAAAUACCCCUGCAACGCCUUCAGGAAGCCGCGAGAGGAGCUCAAAGUCAACUGGAGGGCUGCGUUCGGGACUUCCACCCUUGUUUUCUCCGACAUGAGUGAGAAGCCAAAGCCCGUAAACUCCCCGCUCUCCCCAGCCGGCAGUCAUUUGAAUUCCUUGGCGGCAGAAGGAGGUUUGUAUAAAAACAGCUUCUGCCAGGGGACAACGAGCCCCAAUUAUGCCUCUGGUGGCUGGCAAAAGCAAAGUGCAGAGCUCUCCAAGGGGGAAUCACCGGCCUCCUACAGUCAGCCUUCCAAGAAAAUGAGAAUUGAUCACGCUCCCUUUCCAAGUAACAACGCUGAGAAUGGAACCCCCAACUCUGGCGCGCGGCGCAGAGCGGAGGGGCCGCCGACGGCAGCCUCCAUCCCUCCCAGUCCCAGCGCCCCUUGCUGCUCGUCGCACCGUCGCCCCGCCGUCCUCAGAGUGGUCCACAAGGAGGGGGAGAAUAAAGGACGCCGCUUUUAUUCCUGCUCCCUGCCAAGAGAGAACAAGUGCAACUUCUUCCAGUGGGCUGAUUUGCACUUUCCUUCUUGUCACCACGGGAAACGCUGCGUAAUGAGGACGGUUCUGAAGCUGGGUCCUAACAAUGGCCGGGAUUUCUACACCUGCAGCUUUCAAAAGGGUAAACAAUGCGACUUCUUCCAGUGGGCGGAGAACGCAGCAGGAGCUUCGGUCCUCCCCGGCUGCUGACGCGUCCGAACCGCGCCUGGAGGCAUCGCCGUACAUUAGGAGAUCAUCAGAUAAAUCCAUUUAUGUCAGUCAGACGCACAGAGGGAAACAUUUCUAGUGUAUAUUUUGUUUUGGUUACAGUUCAUAAAAAUUACCCCACCUUACCUUCCACUGCCACACGUUUUCCUUCCACCAAACUUUCCAUUAGCGUGCCGUACAAAAGCGCGCUAUUAACAGCAAACUGCUUUAGCUACAACAUUUUACUGGUUGGCUUCCUUGUGCAGAGUUAGUGUGUAGCUCAGGACAUGGCCACCAAAGUAUUCUAGUACUUUUUAUUGGUCUGAUCCAAUAUCAAUAUAUAAAUAAAAUUAACAGCGAAGCACAUUAAAUGUAUAAUUGAUUGCAAUUAAUCUGAGUUUCACUUUUUAAAAUGAAAUGAAUGGGAUUUUUUUGAUGAUAUUCUAAUAAGACGCUGCUGUUUAACUUUUGAAUGAAAUCUAAGAUCCUGCAUAUUUUUUUUUUUUAAAGAAAAUGGAUAUGAGCCAAGGCUAUUUCAUGAGAGAGAGGGUGUAUAUAUAUCUAUCUAUAAAAAAAGUGUAAUAAAUUAACAAUCAGGUGUGUUCCUCUAAAUAGGGCCAACCACUUUGUCUAAUAAAAAAAUCCUUUUUGGUU